AUGUCGGAAGAUGCUGAGAUUUCGUCCCUAGGAUCGAUCGAAGACCGUAUAACACUCGUAAGGAACGCGCUGGAGGUCAGAUCGCCGGAUGAUCCCGAUUUCUACUUGACAACGGCUUUGUUGGCCAACCAAUUGAGGAGACAGCACCAAUCCGCGGACUCUGACGAACAUCUGGAUGCUCUUGAGGAAUCAAUUUCUCUCUUUCGCGAGGUACUCAAUGAUACAUCCCACAGCAACGCCAGUAGACCUGCAUGGCUCAUCGAGCUUGCAUUCAGCCUUAGCCUUCGCUGCGACGCCACAGGGUCCGAAAGAGAUGCUAUAGAAGCCUCCCAGUUGUCGUUUGAAGCGGCCAGCGCGGUGCAGAAACAUGACCCGCAAUAUGCCUUCAUCUUGCAAUCCGCUUGUCAUUUUAUCGGCAAAAAGAUCAUCAGGCUACAUGACGAAGAUGAUGCGGAGAAUUUGUUCGAUAUGCAUGUUUCUAUACUGGAAGUUACACCUCCAGAUCACCCAAAUCUCAUUUCACGACUUCGCAGCUACGAUGACUUCUUUUUCAAGAUGUACUUGGCUUUCGGCGAUAUAGACGUCCUUGGAGAAGCUAUUCGAGUGUCACAGCACAUCGUUGGUAUCUCAGAGCAGGGUUCUGAUGAACAUGCCAGGCAUCUUAGCCUUCUUGGGGGGCGUCUCGUGGAGAGAUAUUUGCGCACUAAAACAUCAGCCGAUCUUGAUGCGAGUAUAGAAGCUUGCCGAGAAGCCGUCAACAAAACUCCGGCCACUUCUCCAAGUCGCGGACAGAGAAUGCAGGCUCUCUGCAAUGGUUUAGGAACGAAAUAUGGGCAAACAAUGACAGAAGCUGAUUUCCAGGCUGUCAAAUUAGUCCUGGACGAAGUUCUUGAUCGGUUACCUACAAGACCCAAGAGUCGAGCGCGAUCACUUGGUAAUAUCGCCAUCAUCCUUAGUCUCAGGUAUGGACAGACGGGAAACGAGGAUGACUUCAAACGAGCCGUUGAUACUUUCCAGAGUUCCGUGGACUUGACGACUGUUGGCGACCCGAGGCUUGCUGGCCGUCUAAGCAAUCUUGGUGCUAUAUAUUACCAUGUGUAUUCUAAAACCAACAAUAUGGAGAGACUUGAGACGUCCAUUAGCAUUACAAGAAAGGCCAUUGAAGCCACUCCCGAGAACCAUCCUGGCAGAGCUCAACGAUAUUUUAAUCUUGCAGAUAGCCUUCAAGCACGGUAUCUGAAUUUGAACUUGCCUCAGGACCUGGAAGAGGCUAUUUCCUUUUACCGACCUGUCCUGUAUCAGUCCAGUGCCUCAAUAUUCGUUCGUGUUCAGGCCGGCUAUUCCCUUAUGCAAUGUUAUACUUCGAAACGCAACUUUAAUGAAGCAUUCCAGGCGGCCUCCCUGUCGAUUAAUAUACUAUCUGAGCGAAUACCACGAUCUCUUCUAAACGCCGACAUACAGCGUGAGUUAGGAAAACUGUCAGGGUUGGCAACUGAGGCGGCAUCGAUUUCGCUUUACUUGGGACGUUCCCCAGUAGUUGCUCUUGAGCUUCUCGAGACUGCUCGUGGAGUAAUGGCUGCCUCCAUUAACGUGCUACGCUCUGACAUCCAGGACCUUGCAAGAGAGUUCCCUGAGCUGGCCGAUCGAUUCAGGUGUCUUCGCGACCAGUUGGACAACGCUCCCAGCCUGAGUUCCCAGUUGUUAAUGGGAGAGAAACAAUGGGUUGGCCAGACGAGCCAGAGGUACAAUGCUGGUAAAGAUCUCUCUGAAGUCUUGACUGAGAUACGCUCAAAGCCGGGUUUCAAACGGUUCAUGCGGCCUGAAGACGAGGAACGGAUGAAAAGCGCAGCUGCUCUCGGCCCUGUCAUUGUGGUCAAUGUCAGUCAAUAUUUUUGUCACGCAAUAAUCAUUCAACAGGACCAAACAAAGCUGGUGUUUCUCCCUUCAUUGAGCAAGCGUGAUAUUGACUUAAAGUACAAGUCUCUAGGCCGCGGCAGUCUUCGGGUGCUCGAAUGGCUCUGGGAGGCUGUUGCUGAACCCAUCUUGGAGGCUCUGGGCUUUAACGAGCCACCUCCAGAGGGCAACCUAAAAAGGGUGUGGUGGAUACUGACCGAUUCGUUGAGUACAUUUCCCAUUCAUGCUGCAGGACGACAUACCAGACGAAAUGGCGAGACCGUCAUGGAUAGAGUCAUGUCGUCGUAUGUUACCUCGGUCGCGGCCAUCGUGCAAAGUCGCAGGACUCGAACAGCUGAACAUGAGUCUACCACAAACGAAGCACUUCUGGUUUCUGCCGCUGAAACCCCUGGUCAUUUCGGGUUGAUGUUUGCAGAAAAAGAAGUUCGCAUGUUACGCCAGGUCUGUCAAAGUAUGAACCUCAAGCCUAUUGAGCCGGUGCCGCAGAGAGAUAUCGUUCUAUCGCAUCUGCGAAAAUGCAAGAUAUUUCACUUUGCGGGACAUGGACACACAGAUACGGCCGAUCCUUCAAAAAGCCAGCUAUUCCUAGAGGAUUGGCAGACUCACCCUUUGACAAUUAGUAAUCUACUGCAGUUGAACCUCCAACGUGAAGGCCCUUUUCUGGCCUAUCUUUCAGCUUGUGGUACAGGACAAAUCAAAAGUCAAAAGUUGUAUGAUGAGGGCAUCCACCUUAUCAGUGCAUGUCAGCUAGCAGGAUUUCGACAUGUUAUUGGUACUUUAUGGGAAGUCAAUGAUGAAUCUUGUGUCGAUAUGGCUGCCAUUAUCUAUGAUGAGAUUCACAAAGGAGGCAUGUCAGAUGAUUCGGUAUGUCGUGGUGUCCAUGCUGCUACAAAAGCAAAGAGAGACCAAUGGCUCCAGGAUGUUACUAGCUCUGGGAAGCCCGCAGGUGUAGUAGUGAGCAAAAAGGAACAUAUGGAUGAGGACGGAGGAGAAUUCUCAAGAAAUAUUGUUGCUUGCGAUGAUAGUGAUGAAGAGGAGUUCCUCGUGGGAGGUAGGAAUAGGACAUUGCAUUGGGUGCCGUAUGUACAUUUUGGUGCAUAG